ACCAAUAAAGAUUGUAUUAAAGUUUAAAGACUGGUUAUCUUUCAUGGUCUGAUGUUACAAUAUACACUCGAUUAUAUCAUAAAUAUAUAUAUAUCCUGGUGAUGUUGAUAUCACACCCAGGGGUGGACUGGCAACUCAUGGGGCUCCCGGGCAAUAGGAAAUCAUGAGGCCCCUGUGUCCUUGCCCACACUCAAACCACACCCAAAAGAAGCCUAUGAAAGGUACCAGGGGCAUCUCAUGGGGCCCCCUACUGACCCCGGGCCCUCGGGCAGUGCCCGAGUUUCCAAAU